AUGGUUUCGUGGCGGCCGGAGACGAGAUUGGAAUGGGCUUUCUUUGGCACUACUGCGGUGCAAGCUCUUACGAAUAUUACUAUACAAACAGUUGUACUCGUUGUCUAUCUCAACUGGGUUAACUCAGUCGUAUACCAGGUGCCACUCGCCUACGUCACGCCACUGACGCUGGCCGUCAAUUCCUUGGGGUGUCUUUUUCAACUCAUAUUAACGCUUGAUGCAUAUCGGAUCAAAAAUCACUUGCAAAUUUUUGUGCAAUGCGUUGCCAACAUAUGCCUGUCGGUCUUAACGGUUCUUCAAUACGGCGAGACCAGAGAUGCGGCUGCCAGGAUCCUCCUUAAUCACGACAUGUAUGGCACCCCCUUUGCGGACCAUGACUGGCCUUUCUGGAAGAAAUCCUCGAUUGGUUUGAUGGUUUGUGUAGUCGUCACAUGCGCUUGCAGUGCCGUCAUGUGCGGGUUAGCGAGGGGACUCUAUCGUGAGUUUUCAUGGGCUUUAUACCAACACGUUAGCCCUGACAAAAAGACACAAAACAAAUACAUGGUUUAUCAGAUUUAUCUUGUUCUUCUCAAGAUCACACCAUACUUUGUCUUCGCAUUCAUAUUCAUAUACGACUUCAUCGACGUUCAUUACAAAGAGCCCGAGUUCUCGUUGACUCUUUCAAUCCUUCCGGUUACCCUUAUACAUGUGGCUAUUGCGGUCUAUUGUGUAAGACAUGAGCGCCCAAUCGGAAUGGCGUUUGUUUUGCUUCUCCAUGCCGCAAACAUCACAUACCUGAUCACCAGACUUCUCGUUCUCUAUGGACACUCGCUACUUGCUAAAACUUUAAUGAAGGACGAGAUGGUAUUCUACAUCUGCGUUGCGCUGGUCUUUUCGACGAGUGCCCUGGUCGUCGGGUCCAUUUGCUUCUUCAACUUCAAGAAAGGACUCAGGCCGAUUCUAUUAGGCCAAGUUCAACGGAAACCUCGGGCACAUGAGCUGGAAGAUGACUACUAUGUCCAGCGUUUGAACUACAAUGUGUUGCCGUUGGCGGACAGAGAAUCUCAACGCUUCGCGUUAGAUUGA